AAAAAUGGACAGUUACAUGUCUCUUUCAUAGUUUAACCCUUACUUCUUUAGAUCUUUGUUGUCGCUCCUUGCCGUUGAUAGCUUCCUUGACCCUUCAUUCAUUUUCUAUUUCCUAAGCAUUUAUGGAUUCACACGUUCCGUCCAACCCGGUGAUACUACUACCUCUAAUAAUAAACUAUAAACGCUUUACCUUUCUCUUUGUGAGACUAAAAACCUUAGCUUUUCAACCUUUUUAAGCUCCCAUCAGUUGGAAAAUUCAGAGUAGGGUUUUGGGUCUAACAGUGAUUCAAAUCAUGCUGUGAAGUCUUUUACCCCUGCUUUGUAUUCAAGUUUGCAACUUGUUUCAAUGUUUUCCAAGGUAGUUUGGCUUGAGUGUUUUGUUUUCAUCCUUGGUGGUGGUGGUCGGUGUGUGAGAUAAAUUUGAAGGAGAAAUGUUGUUUGUAAUUUAAUGGGAGCCUAGGAGACUGGAACUGGGGCAUAGCCAUGUUUUGUAAUUGUUUUGGUGCUUUGAAUUGUUUUGGAAGGAGGGAUGAUCCAGCGGACCAGCCACAUGAACAAGUUGUUGCAACUAAAAAGUUUACCUAUAACUCAUUGAGAUCAGCAACAAACGAUUUUCACCCAUCGAGCAAAAUUGGUGGAGGAGGUUAUGGAGUUGUCCACAAGGGAGUUUUAAGGGAUGGUACUCAUGUUGCCAUCAAGUCUCUUUCAGUUGAGUCUAAACAAGGGGCUCGUGAAUUUAUGACAGAAAUUGAUUUGAUAUCAAAUAUUCGACAUCCAAAUCUUGUGGAACUGAUUGGCUGCUGCAUUGAGGGUAGUAAUCGAAUACUGGUUUAUGAGUUUAUGGAGAACAAUAGCCUUGCAAGCUCUUUGCUUGGUUCAAAGAGUAAAUAUGUUGCUCUGGAUUGGCCAAAGAGGGCUGCUAUUUGUCGUGGCACAGCUUCUGGUCUACUUUUUCUUCAUGAAGAGGCUCAACCAAACAUUGUUCACAGGGAUAUCAAGGCCAGUAACAUAUUGUUGGAUGGGAAUUUUAAUCCGAAAAUUGGGGAUUUUGGUCUUGCAAAACUUUUUCCGGACAAUGUCACCCAUGUUAGUACUAGAGUUGCAGGAACUGUGGGAUAUCUUGCACCAGAAUAUGCACUUCUGGGACAACUUACAAAGAAGGCAGACAUUUACAGUUUUGGGAUUCUCAUGCUUGAAAUAAUCAGUGGGAAAAGUAGUAGCAUAGCAGCAUUUGAUGAGGACUAUCUGGUUUUAGUGGAAUGGGCUUGGAAGCUGAAAGAAGAAAAUAGGCUUCUAGACCUUGUUGAUUCAGAAUUAAGUGAGUAUGAUGAGAGUGAGGUGUAUCGGUUCCUUGUGGUGGCUCUGUUUUGCACCCAAUCAGCUUCUCAGCAUAGACCAAGCAUGAAACAAGUAUUGGAAAUGCUUUCCAGAGAAGUUCAUCUUAACGAGAAGGCUUUGACUGAGCCUGGAAUCUACAAAUGGCAGAGCACUGGAAAAAGGGGUGGUUCUUUGAAUGAGACAUCAUCUCAGGCAAUCAAGCACAGAAAAACUGAAAAUCCACAUGAAGCAGCUUCAGCUCACUUCAGUGGUUCAGAUAUUGUGACAGAGAUGCUUCCAAGAUGAUGAUGGUGUUACGUACAUAAUAGUGGAAUGUGAUAAUGUUUAUCAUUGUAGUUUUUAGGAAUAAGAUCAAUGUGUUUCCAAAGGAAAUAUAAGAUCAUGGGAGAAUUGGCCUUAUUUCAUCAGCAUGUAUAUGUGUGUGUAUGCUUUAUACUUACUCUACUUAGCUAUUUUUCUUUUCUUUCUGCUGUUAGCAGUGUGAUAAUAGUCUUGCUUCUUGUCAAUCCUCAAAGAUAUAGGGUUUUUCAUAUA